GGGGGGGGAUCCCAGCUCUUCCUGCUUGAACCUGAAACCUCUGCUGUAUAGGCGUCUCUUUCACCACAGCACCACAGAGCCAGAGUCGUCCAUCCUGGGUGUCUUUCAUUCAGCCGGAGGCCCCACGUCUGACCCCUUCCUGUGCCUGGGGACGAGGCUGGUGCCCGGGCGUCCAGGCCGAGCACGGACCAGGGCCUGGAUUCUCUUCAUCUGCGGCGGAAGCAAAGCGAAGACUGAAUUUUGAGGCGUUUUCCCGCUUCUGUGUCAUUCACUGGGCCUUUAUGUGUGAGGGGGACACGAGGAAUCACAUUUUUCUUUAAGGUGUGGGAUGGACAAUCUGAGCUGAACAUGGGAUCCACCGUGUCCAAUGUUUUCCAGCUGUGUGGGAAACCGGCCGAACAAGAGGUGGAGCGACACCUGCGAGCCAACGACCGACCCUUCAACCUCUCGUACAACUAUACCAACAAUGCCAUCACGACCUCCAAGUACAACAUCUUCACCUUCCUGCCGCUCAACCUCUUCGAGCAGUUCGGGAGACUCGCCAACACCUACUUCCUCUUCCUCUUGUUACUGCAGCUCAUCCCACAAAUCUCCUCUCUCUCCUGGUUCACCACGGCCGUGCCUCUGAUGCUCGUGCUGUCCAUCACAGCCGUCAAGGACGCCAGCGAUGACAUAAACAGACACAAAAGCGACAAACAGGUGAACAACCGCCGAGUGGACGUCCUCAUCGAUGGAGAACUGAGAAGUGAGCGGUGGAUGAACGUUCAGGUCGGAGACAUCAUCAAACUGGAGAACAAUCAGUUUGUUACAGCCGACCUCCUGCUGCUGUCCAGCAGUGAGCCGCUCAAUCUGGUGUAUGUGGAAACAGCAGAACUAGACGGUGAAACCAAUCUGAAGGUGAAACAGGCCCUGACUGUAACUGGAGACCUGGGGGACAGCGUGGAGGCACUGGCUGGUUUCAAUGGUGAAGUGCGCUGUGAGCCUCCCAACAACCGGCUGGACAAGUUCAAAGGCACCAUGACCCUGAGCGGACAAGGCUACUCCCUGGACAACGACAAGGUGCUGCUGCGGGGGUGCACCCUGAGGAACACGGAGUGGUGCUUCGGCCUGGUCAUCUUCGGAGGUCCCGACACCAAGCUGAUGCAGAACAGUGGGAAGACGACACUCAAACGGACGAGCAUCGACCACCUGAUGAAUGUCCUGGUGUUGUCUAUCUUUGGUUUCCUGGCGGCCAUGUGCACCGUCAUGGCCAUCGGCAACGCGAUCUGGGAGGUGCGUGAGGGCUUCGUGUUCACGCCCUUCCUCCCCCGGGAGCCGGGCAUCGACGCCGCCCUCUCCUCCUUCCUCUCCUUCUGGUCCUACGUCAUCGUCCUCAACACGGUGGUGCCCAUCUCCCUCUACGUCAGCGUGGAGAUCAUCCGCCUGGGGAACAGCUUCUACAUCGACUGGGACAGGAAGAUGUACUACCCCAAGAGCGACACCCCGGCCCAGGCUCGGACCACCACGCUCAACGAGGAGCUCGGACAGAUCAAAUACAUCUUCAGCGACAAGACGGGCACCCUGACGCAGAACAUCAUGACCUUCAACAAGUGCUCCAUCAACGGGAAGAGUUACGGGGAGCUGUUUGACUUUGCAAAACAAAGGGUGGAAAUCACAGAGAAGACGGAGAAAGUUGACUUCAAAUGGAACAAGCUGGCGGAUCCGAAGUUCUCCUUCCACGACCACAGCCUGGUGGAGACGGUGAAGGAGGGAAACCUGGAGGCUCAGGCCUUCUUCCGCCUGCUGGCUCUGUGCCACACCGUCAUGCCCGAGGAGAAGAAAGAGGGAGAUCUCCACUACCAGGCCCAGUCCCCCGACGAGGGCGCUCUGGUGACGGCGGCGAGGAACUUCGGCUUUGUGUUCCGCUCACGAACACCAGAGACCAUCACCGUCUUCGAGAUGGGCGAAAAAGUCGUCUACGAACUUUUGGCCGUCCUCGACUUCAACAACGUGCGCAAGAGGAUGUCGGUCAUAGUGCGAAGCCCCGAGGGGAAGUUGACUCUGUUCUGCAAAGGAGCCGACACCAUCAUCUUUGAAAGACUCCACUCGUCCUGCAACCAACUGAUGAAGGACACCACCCGACACCUGAACGAAUACGCAGGAGACGGCCUCCGCACGCUGGCUCUGGCCUACAAGGACAUAGAUGAGGGCUACAUGGAGGAUUGGAAACAGCGCCACCAUGAGGCCAGCUGCGCCAUGGAUGGACGGGAGGAGAUGCUCGAUGAGCUUUAUGAAGAGAUGGAGAAAGACCUCAUGCUGCUGGGAGCGACCGCUGUCGAGGACAAGCUGCAGGACGGGGUUCCACAGACCAUUGAGCAACUGGCUAAAGCUGACAUCAAGAUCUGGGUGUUGACCGGAGACAAACAAGAGACGGCGGAGAACAUCGGCUACUCCUGCAACAUGCUGAGGGAGGAGAUGAAGAAGAUUUUCAUCGUGGCAGCUAACACGCCUGAAGGAGUCAAAGAGGAGCUUCAGAAUGCGAGGAGGGAAAUGUGUCCCGAGGCAGCAGACGAGCCGACGGUGGUCCUGGACCGGGCCGGCCUCUUCUGGAGUCGCAAAACUGAGACGGUGCAGGACGAGAAGGUGGAGGGAGACUACGGCCUCAUCAUCAACGGACACAGUCUGGCCUACGCUCUGGAGAAGGACCUGCAUCUGGAGCUGCUGAGGACGGCCUGCAUGUGUCAGACGGUGAUCUGCUGCAGGGUCACUCCUCUGCAGAAGGCCCAGGUGGUGCAGCUGGUGAAGAAAUACAAGCAGGUCGUGACUCUGGCCAUCGGGGACGGAGCCAACGACGUCAGCAUGAUCAAGGCUGCUCAUAUCGGAGUGGGCAUCAGUGGGCAGGAGGGCAUGCAGGCCGUCCUCUCCAGCGACUUCUCCUUCGCCCAGUUCCGUUACCUCCAGCGCCUCCUGCUGGUGCACGGCCGCUGGUCCUACCUGCGCAUGUGCAAGUUCCUGCAGUAUUUCUUUUACAAGAACUUCAUCUUCACCUUCGUGCACUUCUGGUACGCCUUCUUCUGUGGCUUCUCCGCUCAGACUGUGUACGACGAGUGGUUCAUCACUCUGUACAACCUGAUGUACACAGCUCUCCCCAUCCUCGCCUUGAGCCUCUUUGACCAGGACGUGAACGACCGCUGGAGCUUCCAGUAUCCUCAGCUCUAUUCUCCGGGUCAGCUCAACCUCUACUUCAGUAAGAAAGCCUUCGUGCGCUGCAUGUUGCACAGCGCCUACAGCUCCCUCAUCCUCUUCUUCAUCCCGUGGGCGGCCAUGCACGACACGGUCCGGGACGACGGCAAAGACAUCGCCGACUACCAGUCCUUCGCUCUGCUGGCCCAGACGUCCCUGCUGGUGGUGGUGAACACGCAGCUGUGUCUGGACACCUACUACUGGACGGCCGUGAACCAGUUCUUUGUGUGGGGCAGCCUCGCCGCCUACUUUGCCAUCACAUUCACCAUGUACAGCAACGGCAUGUUCCUCAUCUUCACCUCCUCCUUCCCCUUCAUGGGUACGGCGAGGAACUCUCUGAACCAGCCCAACGUGUGGCUGACCAUCUUCCUGUCCACCCUCCUCUGCAUUCUGCCGGUGGUGGCGAUCCGCUUCAUCCUCCUCCAGAUCCGGCCCACCAUCAAUGACAAGGUGAGACAUAAGGUGCGGAAGGAGGCGUUGCCGGCCCCGACACCUCACCGCAAACCUGCCAGGAGAAUCAGCACCCGGAAAUCCGGCUACGCCUUCUCCCACUCCGAGGGCUUCGGGGAGCUGGUGACGUCCCGGAGGUUCCUGCUGAAGAGGCCCCUGAAGAGUCGACCGGUGCUGUUCGCCACCACUGAGUCCCCGCUGGCCCAGAAUCAGCCUCAGCACUACCGCACCAUCACCGAGGAGCAGGACCCGACGCUGUAGAAAGUCUUUUAUUUUGAAGCUUAGCUCACUCGUGAGAGGAUGCACUGGGUAAAGUUCACCACCUGGAUUCUUACCAGGUCAAACUUUUUAUUAAAAAAUUCUGUCCCACCUCCUUUUAACGCUGCAAGAUUGGCUGCAAUUCCACUAGAGGGCGAUCACGAGCUAGUCCUCAAUGAAAUGUAGUAAUUAGCUAAAAUAGUUGAUUACAAGUAAAUUACUUAUUUUAAUCUUUUAAAUAUAGAUGUAAUGAUUUUGAAAAGUACUAAUGUCCCUUCGAGUUCUUACUGGGAAGGCAAGUGGGAAUCUGGCUAAUGCUGCAGCCUCUAACUGGUCAUGGUGCCGUUAGUGACUUUAUUCCAUCAGUUUAAUGGUGAUUGCAGUAAAACAUGUCUGGUGCUGUGUCACAAAGAGACAAACAGAAAGCUGUAAAAUUACUUUAAUAGAAACUUUCUUUUGACCCCUUGUACAUUUCGUUUUGAGGCUUUAGCUCCAAACGCUCCGAUGCCUCUCUGGCUUUUUUCUAAUGGGUGAAUAUUUGUAUCAUUGUUAAAAAGAUGUUAUCGGCUCUCACACAGGAAGUACAACUGUCUCAAACUUUACUCUGCAUUACUGCAUUCGAUGUAAAUCAAGUUCAAAUGUGUUAUGAUGUUCUCUGUGAUGAUCUCCUGUCUCAGGCGCAGCAGAUCUGAGACAGCACGAAGCUCAUAUUAAGCUUUGGGACACUCAGAAAACUGAUGAAUAUUGUGUCAUACAAACCAAAUUCUUUAUCUUUUUAAUGGUUACGUCAGAAG